AAAAUGAUUUUGUUAAUACUUUGUGUUUGUGCUAUUGAUGGUAUCUCCCUGCCCAGCUCCCUGCCACGGUGCUACAGGGAUGAUCCAUUGAUAGUUGACUGUAUCACAAAGACAGCGUACACUUUGAAACCGAGCCUUCGCAGCAAUGGGAUAGAAGAAUUGGAAAUACCACCUCUCGAUCACGUCACAAUCAAGAAUGUAACCGCAGGAGCAUCGGCAGAUAAUAUAGAUAUAAAAGUAACAUAUCAUAACAUGACGUUCGAGAAUUUGGAUAAAUUCGAACUAUCUGGGAUUGAAUUUAUGCCAGAAGAAAUACUCUUAAAGGGAGAAAUACGUUACGAAAUGGUGCCCGUUGCAGUGUACUUUAACUCAACGGACACAAUAGAAGGCGGUUUGAUCACUGGCGAUAGAGGUUUCAAAGGAUACAUGAGGAAUGUUCGUGGUGUGUUUGUGGUACAGGGCGGAAUAUUAGAAAAAGAUGGUUUAGAUUACUGUACCGUGUCUAGUGUUAAUUUUGCACUUCAUAUAGAUCAGUUCAACGGAACAGUAAUUGGAAGUAUAAGUGAAAGCUUUAACGUUACAUCGGAAUGCGUAGGUACAUGGACACACUGAAGAAAUAGGAAAAGAAAUGGAGCCUCUUUAUGGGAGUAUUUUUGAGAGAUACUUAAAGAAUUAUUUAAAUCGGUUGUGUGAAUACGUUCCGUACAGUUAUUUAUUUCCAUAUUAAUUUUAUCGUAAACUUGUAGCGCAAAAUAUGUAAAGUAUGGGAUUAGAUUUAUUGCCAAAUACAUAAAAUGGCCGCACAUCAGUUCAUACCUACAAUAACCUCUCAAAUUCAAGUAAUCACUACUUUCCAUUUUUACUAAAUUCACCACGCGAAGUCAAUGUAGA